AUGGCUUCUCCUCAGCAAAUCCGUACCCCGAUCACCGAUCUUCUCAAGAUCAACCACCCCAUCCUGCUGGCAGGCAUGAAUGUGGCAGCGGGGCCUAAGCUGGCCGCCGCGGUCACAAACGCCGGUGGUUUAGGUGUGAUCGGUGGCGUUGGCUACACCCCCGACAUGCUUCGCGAGCAGAUCACUGAGCUGAAGAGCUACCUGACCGACAAGAACGCUCCCUUCGGUGUCGACCUCCUCCUUCCCCAAGUCGGCGGCAGUGCCCGUAAGACCAACUACGACUACACCAAGGGCAAGCUCGGCGAGCUCGUCGAUAUCAUCAUCGCCGAGAAGGCUAGCUUGUUCGUCUCUGCUGUCGGUGUUCCCCCCAAGGCCGUUGUCGAGAAGCUCCACAGUGCCGGUAUCCUCUGCAUGAACAUGAUCGGUCACCCCAAGCACGUUGCCAAGUGCUUGGAUGUUGGCGUCGAUAUUAUCUGUGCUCAGGGUGGUGAAGGUGGUGGCCACACUGGUGAUGUCCCGACCACCGUCCUCAUCCCCACCGUUGCCAAGUUGGUCCAGGGCAAGAAGAGCCCUCUGACCGGCCAGCCCGUGCAGGUUAUCGCGGCUGGUGGUCUGUUCAACGGUAACUCUGUUGCUGCUGCUCUCAUGCUGGGUGCUUCUGCUGUCUGGAUCGGUACUCGCUUCAUCCUGUCUGACGAGGCCGGUGCCCCCAAGGCUCACCAGGAGGCUGUCCGCACCUCUGGCUUCGAGGACAACAUCCGUACUAUCAUCUUCACUGGUCGUCCCCUCCGUGUUCGCAAGAACCCUUACAUCCUCAACUGGGAGGAGAACCGUCACGAGGAGAUCAAGGAGCUCACUUCCAAGGGUAUUAUCCCCGUCGAGCACGACAUGGAGAACCUGCCCGAUGACGUCGACGACGACACACUUGACAACGCCCGCCCUUACCUGAUGGGCAAGGUUGCUGCCGUUGUCAACGAGAAGAAGUCCGCCAAGGCCAUCGUCGAUGAACUCGUCACGGAUGCCGCUGCUCUGCUCCAAAAGGGUAACAAGAUGGUUGCUAAGCUGUAA